UUUUAUUCUCGUCUUGCUUGAAAUGCCAAUUAAAAAUAUUUUGCAUCUAGAAAGAAUGGGAGCAAAGAUAGGUGGGGGAGGGUUGAUCCAGAUCUUCUCUCCUGCUUGUGUGGCGUUGUGUAAUGGAUAGAGUUUGGGGCAGUUUCAGCCUCAUCAGGGAAAGUGUGUGUGCUUUUUAAAAGACAUUGUGCUAUUCUGCAUUGUGUAAAGAAGCAGUUGCAGAGAGAGAAAGGGAGAGUGGAGGUGGGGAGAGCAGAUGUCUGUGUAGGAAAUGAAACAAACUAAAGGGAUGGAGGGGCAUGGGAGAGGGUCUGCCCAGACUCAAAGGAAUCUCACCCUGAUUAUGUCAGUCCUGGACAUAAAAUGAGGAGCCCAAGUGUGCUGCGGGAGGUGCUGUCUCUGCACACCCGGUGCUAUAUUUAGAAACUAUGUGCAUAGAUCUGUGGAAACAGCUGAUGUGAGAACAUGUGUGUUUCUGCCUGUGGAUGCAGCUAUGAGUUUGUGUAAUAUUGAAGCAAAACUUAAAAAAAUACAGGUUUUGCCCUGAAGAGUUUACCCUUGAAGGAUAUACUGCUGUGUUUAUGUGGUACUGCGCAGCUUCCGUGGAGCUGCUGAUGUUCUUACAAUGACUCAAUUAACAGAAUUGCAGGGACCAGUUUCUGUGUUGAAGCUAAUACAGACUUCUCCUACGUGAGCAAGAUAAGAUGCUAAUGAAAUGAAACACAUUGAAAAAAAUCUGCUAACAAAAAUGGGAAAAUACAUAGCAAAAGGUAUAGACAUCAAUUACUGUAAUACAUAUAUUAAUGUGCCUACAAGGAUACCUGAAAGAACAAAAACUUAUAUGCCAGUCCCUAAACCACGCCAUAACUAUAAAAUGCAUAAUGAUCCAUGCAAGUAUGGACACAUAUAGGGAUUAAAAUCUGAGACCGUAAGUACACUGUAUUAGUCAUAUAAGAACACAAAUAUUAAUAGGAGCUGAAUCUACUUACUACAACAGAAGGCUUAUAAUAGGGAAUAUUUUUGCAUCAGCAGGGUAAAUAGUGACAAUCGCUAGCUUGAUUGUAAGUUGAGGAACAGAAAGCGGUCCUGUGAUUUGCUUACAUGUGAUUUAUUCAUAUUGCUAUUGCUAAAGGAAGUUAAUUAGAACAGUAAUUAGGGUAUUUAAUAAUUGUUUGCUGUUUUGCUUGUGCAUGUUGAGGGCUUUGUACACAACUGGAGUUACACAGAAGGUUAGGUAAAGCUGUGAGACAGCUAAAUGAAAGCUGAGUUCAGUGUGGUUUUCUAUGUGAACAAAGUUGGCUCUUGUCUGUAGUGGCAAGCUGCCGAAGAACAAGAAUGGCAGAAAGACCUGAGCCUCUGUAUGCUUUGCUUUCACCAUGGCCAGGCUUGAUAGCGCUGCUGAUAAUGACCCUGAGACGGGGGAGGGCAGUAGUUACUGCUGGCAGCCCUCUCUAACAGCAAAAAAUAAUGUCUCUUCCUCCUUCCUAGAUGCAGCAGAAAUGGCAAGCUUGGCUCUUUGCCUUGAUCCAGUCACAUCUCUACUCAGAGAUUCAGGUGAAUGAGUAAGACCUGCUUGUGCAGAGAGCAGCUGCUCUAUUCAGUGCCCUGGGUCCAUUUAGGAGGCAUUUGAGUUGGAGUGAGGAUGUAUGAAUUGGCCCAUGCUCCAGCAUCAGAUCUUCUGGGGAAUUACAAGAGGUAGACAAAAGGAAAUGGAGUCACCUUGGCUCCAUGCAAGUUACUGAAAAUAGCAAGUGGACCCUUUCUUUGUCCAUUCAAAGUCAUCACCUACUUUGAUUCCUUACUCCUUACAGUCUCUUUGCCCACCCACAGAUUCUUGAAGUCCCCACAAUCACUUCUAUCAAGGUCUUUCAAGAGUAGAAUUCAUAGGAAGCAUUAGGAUAAAAAUGGCACAUUAAUACUCAAAACUUUGAUAUAACCCCUUGCUCUCUGCAUUUUCCUUUUUUCCCCCCAUCUCUAUCGGCUAGCUCAUAUUUUCUGCCUGGUCUGUCUGCAUACUGUUUGCGCUCUUCCUUUACAUAUUUUCUUAGCUCUCUGGCAAAUUCUGUCUCUUGUUCUGUUUCCUUACGUCCUCUUCAUUAGUUGGAAAAAACCCAGUAUGAGGCUGACAUUUGGCGUAAGGUUGUAGUUGCUGCUUUUAUAGGUCUUGAUGUAAAGAGAAUGAAUGACAUCAUCCUGUGGAAUGAAAGUGAGAAGCACAGAAAAAAAAAUGCGUGUCCAGAAGAACUCUGAGUUCUCAUUUAAACACAGGUAUAUUCUUUCUAUAGCAAACCAUGUUCUCAUACUCAGUUUUUUUUUUUUUAAUCAAGAGUGACAAUCUGUUGAUGAGUCAAUCUGUUGAUGAGUGAAUGGAAAUACAUGUGGUUAAGGCAUUUGUGAUCCCUGAAAAACUGAGAUUCCCUAGUUUACACAUUGCAUCAAUGAGCUAUUUCAUAAGGGGUGCAGAGCCAAAUCUCUGUGGUACUUGAUGUAUGUCAGGUCCAAACGGCACGGAUUUGGAUUUAGUGGAUGCAGUAUCUUUCUAGGCUUCCCUUUAAAAGAAUGGGGAUUUGUGGAGAAGUGCUUUGAUGCUCACUUUCCUCACUGGAUACUGAGAGCCUCAAGACGUGAUCUUGUUCUACAGCAGAGUUUACUAAGUGAAACCCCUCUGCUGUCCUUAUCUAACGCUGUGCUUGCGUUAUCCUCACGGACAACCUGGAGAGCAGCGUCCUCGGUUCGGUUGUCCCAGCAGCUGCUCCUGCACGCCGUUCUCCAUCCAUGGGCUCCCACAGCGGGGGGCUCCAGGGGAACCGCUCUGCCACAGCGGAGGAGGGGCAGAAGCCAUCACCCCAUCCCCCCUUGUCUCCUCGUCCUCCAUCCCUCCUCCUCCUCCUCCUUCGCUCUGUGCUCUCCCCGCCGGGCCCGGGCCCGGGCCCGGCCGUGCGGGUCCCUUCUCUGUCUAUCCGGUGAAUCCCGGCCCGAGAGGAAGAGGAGGGGUAGGGGCGGGAGCCGCGGCUUCGCGGGGGGCCGGGAGGGAGCCUGUGCCCUUCUUCAUGGCGAGGCCGGGGGAGAGCAAGCUCCCGAGGAGGGAACCCGGGAGCUGACUCAGCGGAGCAGUGCAGCAUGUUUUCCCGGGAGCGCGGCUUCCCUGCCGGAGCCAGCGGAGGGAAGUCUGAGGAGGCAGUGCAGGGUUUUAGUGAUGUUAUAGACUCUCCCACUGAAGGCUUUCCAUGUGUCCUCACUCCUGCUGUCCCCAACAAGACUGUGGACUUGUUUGAGAUGAUUGAAAAAAUGCAGGGGAGUCGUCUGGAUGAACAAAGAUGUUCCCUUCCAGCUCCUCUCAAGACAGAAGAGGAGUAUAUUCCUUAUCCCAGCAUCCAUGAGGUAUUACAGAAAGGGUGGCCAUAUCCUCUCAUUAUCCUACCCCAGUUUGGGGGCUACUGGAUUGAAGGGACGAGCCACAACCUCUCCAGCUUGAGUCCAACUCUGUCUGAUGUACCCUUUUCCUGGAGUGGUAAAGUGAAACUGGAAAGUGACCCUACAGCCAAGCUGUACCGCAAACAUUUUCUGGGAAAGGAGCACCAGAACUUUUACUCCAGUGACAUGUCCUUAGGCUACCUAGUACUUUCUGUGAAGUAUGAACAGAUCGAGAAACAGGAAAAUCUCCGUCUGUUGCUGAGGACUCGUACUGGCACCAAACAUGAUCUAAUUCCCAUUUCCUGUCUGAAUGAGUUUCCCAAUGCUGUUCAGAUGGCAAAGCUGCUGUGUGAGGAUGUGAAUGUUGAACGCUUCUUUCCUGUCCUGUAUCCCAAGGCCUCGCAGCUUAUUGUUGCAUUUGAUGAACAUGUCAUAAGCAAUAACUUCAAAUUUGGGGUCAUCUACCAAAAACCUGGACAGACAACUGAAGAAGAAGUCUUCAGUAACACAGUAGAGAGUCAGGGUUUCCUGGAGUUCCUGGAUUUCCUUGGUGACAAGAUUCAGCUGCAGGAUUUCCGUGGGUUCCGGGGAGGCUUGGAUGUUACCAGAGGUCAAACAGGCACCGAGUCAGUCUAUACAAAUUUCCGGGGAAAGGAGAUCAUGUUUCACGUGUCCACGAAGCUGCCCUUCACAGAGGGAGAUUCCCAGCAGCUUCAGCGGAAGCGUCAUAUUGGGAAUGAUAUUGUAGCCAUCAUUUUCCAGGAUGAAAGCACACCUUUUGUCCCUGAUAUGAUUGCUUCUAAUUUCCUACAUGCUUAUGUGGUAGUUCAGCUCACUCAUAGCACCACUGGGGACACUCUCUACAAGGUUUCAGUCACAGCUCGAGAUGAUGUCCCCUUCUUUGGACCCCCGCUGCCAAAUCCAGCCAUAUUUAAAAAGAGUGCAGAGUUUCGUGAAUUCCUUCUGGUCAAGCUCAUCAACGCUGAGUACAGCUGCUAUCGAGCUGAGAAAUUUGCUAAAUUAGAGGAAAGAACACGGAGUGCCCUCUUGGAGAGCCUUUUUGAGGAGCUGCAGCUUCGCAGCCGCAGCAUGAUGGGAUUACCUGUAGGGGAGGAUGACAAGAUAGAGAAUGGCAGUGGGGGCUUCCUGGAGAACUUCAAGCGGGUGAUCAGAGGCCGCAGCCAGAGCCUGGAUACCAUGGGGAUAUCCAUGAGAAAGCAGCAGCCAGCCACCCUGCCCAGCCGCCCAGCUACAGCUGGCCUUGCCCUCAGCCAGAGUGUCGCCGAGGGCCCUAAGGCCAUUGCUGCGUCUUUUGCCUUGCCUGGUAGGAGCCCAUCACGUACUCGAGCCAGCCGCUUCCACGGGAGACGGAGUAGUGCCAUUGGCAUUGAAAACAUACAGGAGGAAAAGAGCAGAGACACCACAGAGAGAAUACAAAGGGUAUUGGACAGUCCAGGAACUUUCUUUGACCUGAAGUCUGAUGGAUCAUCUAGUCCCAGCUCUCCAGAGUUCCCCAGCAGGAAGAGCAAAAUGCUCAGGAGUCAGACUUCAGGAUACUGUGUGAUGCAGCCACUCUCACGUUCAUCAUCCAGUGUAAGCAGUUGUUGUAGUGGAUUGAGGGAAAAUGGAACAUCUGAGGAAGAGGAGAAUGACAGGGAGCUGACGUGCUCACUUAAGGGCCCUCCAAAACAGGAUUCAGUGGUUCAGAGUAUGUGGCUGGAUGACAGUGACUGCACACCCAGUACUUCUAGCUCACCAGGAAGCAGGUUGCUUCCUUCCAGCAGUGUUGCUGGCUCCACUGGAAAAGGAAAAGGCAGCAAAGCAGAGGCUCAGCAUCAUAAUCCAGCCUCCAUUUUGUGCUGCGUGUGAUGUCAGCGCUGGAGCACUGUCUGCUGCACGCAGGGUGAGGAGCACAGGUAAUUGACACAGGGGGAGGAGAGCCACAGGCCCCUGGCCAUUCCUGCCGCUCCGAGACAGUGCAGCACGUGCUGUGCAGCUUCUCAGGGAACAGAGUUAGUCCUCUACCUUCGUCCCCAAGCGAUCUUCCAUGGCCAGUGACUCUGGCCUGUGAUUUACCUAAGCGCUCCCUUUUGUGGCUGCCUCCUCCCUCUCAGGGAACAGCAUUUCCCAUUGAGAUUCUGUUCUCUACCCUAAUCUAGGCACAAUUUCUUUCUCUUCUUUGUCUUUCAUUGUUCAGUCCUUUGCUCAGAUACAACCUACCUUUCUUUGUGCCUAACCUCUGCUUUUUAUAAUAGUUCCAUUACCUUAUAGAAUGCCUUUUUGUUGCUCAUUUUCUGAUGUUGUGCCUAUUGUUACACAUGCUUAUUUGAUUUCAGCCUAGCAUUGGUGGGACCUACUUGUCCAUGCCAGUUUCACAGCUUUUCCAGACAUGGGAAGUGGGACUUGAUUUCCCAGUGAGGGAAAAGGGGAACACAACUUCAGGAUUGCUCCCUAGAAUUCAUAGUCCAGUUUUGCCUGUGUCAUUGAGAGUCUUUUUGCUCAAUGUCCCUUUCCUUGCCCAGUAUCUUCUCUGGCCUGACAGCUAAACAACUGCCUUGAAAGUAGUGGGGAUGUGAGGCUCUCAGGGACUAGUUUGGUAUGUUGCUGAAUAGAAGAGGUAUCAUCUUUAUGGAAGAAAAUUCUUCCAGCUAUUCCUAAACAUUCCUAAAUAGCUGAUAGUUCUUAUUGUUUCUGUUCAGAUCCUCAGUGCUCAAGUUUUAUCUGCCCUGCCACCUUGUGGCAUUCAGAGCAGUCAGGUGCACAGUUCAGCUCCAUGUGGUGGUGGCCACUGUUGCCACAGCAGAUCAGAGAGGGGAGCUGAUACCACUGAGGCUGCUUCAGUGUGUGCUACAACAGAGAUCAGAACUGAGCGUGACAGUGCAGCUGCCAGCCACUGUUUACUGGAGUCAUCCCCAGAGUUUUUGCCAAGAGCUCAUGCUCACAGCAUGGCUCUGUAACACAGGAGUUAGGUUGUCUAAAUGAGGGGCAGAACUCCCUCAAAGUUCUGCUCCCAAAAAGGCAAAUUUUGCUCAGAAUAGCUACAGAGUCAGAAUUGCAACAAUCUGCAAACUCACCGAUACAAAUGAAAAGGCUGUGGUUUUGCAUUUACUGGUGGCUAUUACAGGCAAUAAGCCUGUAGUACUCAGUAUGUACUUAAGUAUGAUUUUAGCACCUAAGGUUUUGAGCAUUUAAUUUCCAUUGAUUUGAAGUAGGUCAAAGAGCAUUUAAGAUAAAUUCGUGAAAUAUAUUGCAGUCUGUAGAAUCCAUGUCUUUUGGUCCAUCUGCCAAAUCAACAACAUUCUGCCACAAAGGCUGAUUAUUUUUCAGUUGCUCUGGUUCAAAGAACAAAGUUUCGUAAGACCCUGCUUUUCACUGUCAUAUUAUUUCCAGAUGUUCUUGAAUAUUCACCAGCUCCUUACCAGAGUACAUUAUUUUCACAAAAGGGCGUUUUACCCACUCCCGAGAUAGCACUACUGGCUUAAAGUGAUGUUUUAGUCAUUCCAUUUUAUCACAAAUGAAUCUCUGAAUUAGUUUGAUAGCACAGAUUGGAGACUAGCGAGUUUCAGAGGAGAUAUGGUAAAAAAAAUUCCUGUAACAUGGCUUCAAGGGACUCAAAGAAACCUAUGGUACCCACAUCCAUGGUAACCUCCUUGCCAUUCUAACGCCUCUUAUCUCUCACAAAGCUUUCCUUCAGUUCCAGGCUGGAUUUCUUCAAACACUAAUGGGUGCACUGGUAAAAAGGAGGAAGGACUCCUCCAAUCCUAGAGUAUUUCCUGAAGAGCUGAAAGAAGUAAAAAUUGUGGAUGGGGGAACAAAUGAUACUCCCACUACACUUAGAGCUGUAAGAACAUGGAGCAUACACUUGUUUUUUCCUGAUCUUUGUUCUAGGAUUUGCUGUUCAAGUGAAAACACGUGAAUGUGCUUUACCCUAAAGUUCAGAAAAAGACAAAAAAGGGAAUUCCAGCUGCUGCUGUUUCAUUCAGUGAUGCAUCAGAGAGUGUGGAAUCAUUGUGAAAUCAAACUUAAUAUAAAUCAAAUUUCUGUGUGUCAUUCCAAUUCAGCUAAUACAGGGCCAAGCUCAAACUGUUUCCAUGUGAAAUUUCUUAUUUUAAUUGUUUGCAUACCUUUUCCUCUGCAGACUACAUGCUUGGAAGUCCCUCAUAGCCAUAUCCAAAUCAUCUUUGGAUAGGCAGCAAUUAGGGCAUCCUUGAGGAAGCAAAACAGAGUCUACUUCAGUUACCAGCUGAACCUACAGCAGUGUUCACAACCAUCCUCCAAAGACAUUCCUGUAAAACUUGGAUUAGUUAAAAACCCCUGCAAGGUUUGGGGUUGGUGUCCACGAAUCCACGUGUGUGUGGGGGUUUCCUCAAGCAUCAGUCACUGCAGAGCAAGGUUUAUCAAAUGUUGUCCAGGAUGGGGACAGUUCCUUUUAAAAUACUUGAUUGGUUCCUUAGACUCUACUUUGGGCUUGAAUUGUGUCCUUUCCAGCUGCCAUGAUGCAAAGUAAAAGGAAGCAUUAAU